CCAGGAAACGUCAUCAAAUUUGCAGCGAAGGAAAAGUGCGAAAGUGUGAAUUCUUUGAAAAAUAUUUAGUUUUUCAGGCAGAUUAACUGCAAAAUCAAAAGUAAAUGGUAGAAAGUGUUCGUGUUCGCGCCCGUAACUUAAAUCCUAAAAUAAUACUGACGCCGGUUCAACAAAAACUCAGUUUUCCCAACUUUUUGCUACUAUCGCCAUACGCCCCCAAAAGAUUGGUAAAUCUUUAUACAGCAUUUGUCCAUUGUCACAGCGCUGUGAAUGAUCUCUUCCGCCUCACCAGUUGGUCUGUUCGGAAGCGUUUACAACAGCCGAAGCAGCAGUAGCAUCAAUAACAUGCAACAACAAUCCAGCGCCUCCGGCAGCAGCCCAUUUGCCGCCUAUUCAUCCUCUUCAUCCAGCCCACAAAUGGGCUUAGAUGUUGAAUUCGGUGCUGAUCCUGCGAGCGGCGCAUUCUUUCAAAGUGAAGGACGUAAACAUGAUGACCUCAAACAGAUGUUGGACAGCAAUAAAGACGGACUGAAGUUAGAAGCCAUGAAACGCAUCAUCGGCAUGAUAGCGCGUGGUCGUGAUGCAAGCGAUUUAUUUCCAGCUGUUGUGAAAAAUGUGGUUUCCAAAAAUAUUGAAGUAAAAAAAUUGGUAUACGUAUAUUUAGUGCGCUAUGCUGAAGAGCAGCAAGACUUGGCCUUGCUCUCAAUAUCGACAUUCCAACGCGCAUUAAAAGAUCCAAACCAAUUGAUACGUGCCUCAGCUUUGCGUGUACUUUCGUCCAUACGUGUCAGCAUGAUUGUACCCAUUGUUAUGUUAGCUAUACGUGACAGCGCUAUGGAUAUGAGUCCAUAUGUACGUAAGACAGCGGCACAUGCCAUACCGAAAUUGUAUUCGCUGGAUCCAGAGCAGAAAGAUGAAUUAGUGACGGUUAUUGAAAAGUUACUGUCCGAUCGCACAACGCUCGUGGUUGGUUCUGCGGUAAUGGCGUUUGAUGAGGUCUGCCCGGAGCGUGUGGAUCUAAUACACAAAAAUUACCGUAAGCUCUGUAACCUGCUGGUUGAUGUUGAUGAAUGGGGUCAGGUUAUAAUUAUCAAUAUGUUGACACGCUACGCUCGCACCCAAUUCGUCGAUCCCAACGUUGACGAGCCAGUCGACGACAAUGGAAAGCAGAACCAAGAUGGUGGCGCCGCUGGGGAAAAUUUCUACGAAGAAUUGUCAAGUGGUGAGUCCUCCGAAGGCAGUGGUAAAGAAAAACGACAGAAAAACAAACGAAAAAACAAGUCUGACGCAACGAAAGAGCGCACAUUUUCAUCAUCCUCAUCGUAUCAUGUGGAUUUAGACCAUCGUCUGCUCUUGCGUCAAACAAAGCCGUUGUUGCAGUCGCGCAACGCUUCGGUGGUCAUGGCUGUGGCACAGCUAUAUCAUCACGUGGCGCCGCGCAACGAAGUGCAAGUAAUCGCUAAAGCGCUAAUACGCUUGCUGCGCUCGCAUAAGGAGGUACAAAGUGUUGUGCUCACAUGCAUUGCAUCGAUGUCGACCAAACGCAAAGCCAUUUUCGAACCACACAUCAAGUCGUUUUUUGUACGCACUAGCGAUCCCACGCACAUCAAGCUACUUAAACUGGAUAUACUAACGAAUCUUGCAUCAGGGUCAACUAUUGCGCUGAUUUUACGAGAAUUCCAAACAUACAUUUCCAGUAGCGAUCGGUCGUUCGUGGCAGCCACAAUACAGGCGAUUGGACGUUGUGCUGCCUCCAUAAAGGAAGUGACCGAAACUUGUCUCGGCGGGUUGGUACACUUGCUAUCAAAUCGUGAUGAACACGUCGUCGCAGAGAGUGUGGUAGUAAUAAAGAAUUUACUGCAGUCCAAGUCCGCCGAGCACUACGAAAUCAUCUCACAGAUGGCAAAGUUGAUUGAUUAUAUAACCAUACCAGCUGCACGCGCUUCAAUUUUAUGGCUCAUUGGUGAAUACAAUGAAAAAGUGCCGAAGAUAGCGCCCGAUGUGCUGCGCAAAAUGUCCAAAACCUUUGUGGAUGAGGAGGAUGCCGUUAAGCUGCAAAUUCUCAAUCUCGGCGUAAAGCUUUUCCUCACUAAUCCUCAACAGACUUCGCUACUCAGCCAGUAUGUAUUCACUUUAGCUCGCUACGAUUCCAACUACGAUGUGCGCGAUCGCGCACGCUUUUUGCGUCAAUUCAUUUUCCCAUCCAAUGGGAAAACCACUGUACUCUCGGAAAAUGCGCGCAAGAUCUUUCUCUCCGCGAAACCUAAGCCGGCGCUGGAGAGCAAGUAUUGCGAGCGCGAUCAUUUCCAACUCGGCUCGCUUUCCCAUUAUUUGAAUAUGCGCGCCACAGGCUAUAAAGAUUUGCCGCCAUUCCCCACUGAGGCGACCGAUACUUCUGUGCGUAACAUCGAAGGCUAUAUGCACGAGACCACUGCUGCCACUGCAAGCACUAGCGGCGCGGCAGCAAGCGGUGUAGCCACACGUACGCCACAGAAGCAAGGCGAUAAGAGCGCGCAUACAACUAAUGACAAGAAUUUCUUCUCGGAGUCGGAAAAGUCUUCCGCUUACUCAGAGUCUGGCUCCAGCAGUAGCUCUUCGUCCUCAUCAUCGAGUGAUGGUGAAUCCUCUGAAUCAGAAAAGGGGCAAGUGAAUGAUGUGGCUGCUGCAAAUCCCAAAAUACAGUCAACAGGUAGUGAGCCUAAGUCUGAUACUACCACUGUACUGGUAAAUAAGACAGCCAGCAAUGGCAAUAAUAAUGUGCACCUGAAUGUCAACAAUAACGGCGAUAAUGACUUGGGUACUUCCGAUAGCGAAUCUUCAUCGUAUGGCUCGUCUGAAAGCAGCACAGGUAGUGGCUCGGAAUCUGAAGAUGGUUCAGAAAGUUCCGAGUCGGAGACGGAGAGCGAAAAGCAUCGCAAAUUUCAGCGUGUCAAAGAGAAGGCCAAGGAAACGAAAGCUAAAGAGAAGGAAAAGAAUGCGGUUGUGGACGAAGCAGCCGCAGCAGCAGCAGCACCGGUGAAAAGCAACCUGGAUCUGCUGCUAGACUUGGACGACAUACCGCCUGUUGGGCCGGUAAUGACACCAUCGCUCGGCGGUUUCCUAACGCCUGCUACACCCUUAGGCGGCGCUGUUGGCCUGCUACCCGUCAGCGCUGCCAACCGCAUCGAACUCGUCGGCCCCUCACACAUCGAAUUCAAGCAUCGCGAACUGCUUAACAAACUCUCUGGACACGGACUUCAAGUGAGCUACCGCUUUACACGCGGGCCACAUUUAUAUUCUUCCGCCAUGGUCUCCAUCGAACUGCAAUUUAUUAAUCUCUCUAGCACUGAAAUAACCAAUAUUCAUCUUAGCCAACAAACGCUGCCAGCCGGCAUGAAUCUCAAUGAAUUUGCACCUCUGCAGUGCUUGCAACCGCAACAAAUGGGCACUGGUGUGCUCGGCAUAGACUUCAAUGACUCCAUACAUGCCGUUGAGUUGGAAAUCACCAGCAGCGCCGGCAAGUCACGUGUCACACUCAAGCCACCGGUCGGUGAGCUAGUGCGCUCAGUGCAAAUUGGCGAGUCAUACUUCAAGGAAGAGCGCACCAAGUUGCGUGGCAUGAAUGAACAUCAGAGUCGCUUGCAGCUGCGACGGGAUGCAGUCGAUGUGGCAGCAUUGAAGAAACGCAUAUUCGAAUGCAUUAAUGUGGCGCCUAUUGCGACGAGUGAGGGCAAUAAUGAGCUGCUUUACUUUGCGGGCCAAACUAUGAACUCGAGAAGUCUGGUGUUAAUUACUUUGGACUGGCAGACAUCACAGGGCGAGCAGUUGGCUUUGAUGGUGAACUGUGAGAAAAUGGUGAUUGGCUCGAUGGUGUUGAAUGAGUUGCGCAAUGCGCUCAGCUUGGCUUUUCAGUGUUAGGAUUGGGAUGACCCGAAGGGAAACACUAAACUGAAACGAAAGUUUUUUUUUAUGAUUUGUAUUUUAAGAAAAAGUUUAAUGAACAAAUUUGCUAUCAAAAACCAAACUCUUUUUCGGCUCCUUAUCGUCUAGCAUGCGCUCCAAAUUUUCGACGAAAUUGCUGAGCAAAAAAUAUUAAAUUAUAGCAUAAAAUGAUAAACCCUUUUUAUUUACGAUGGCUUAUUUCGGACGCGCCGAUUGAAGUAUACUUAAAAUUUGAAACUUUAAAAUAAGAGCAAACGUUUAAUUUACGACUAUUUUUUAGUGUUUAGGCUAUAAAAUUUUAAACAGAACUCUCAACGAAAACUUGCAUCUUGAUUUGCAAAAAGGGUAUGAAAAUCAAGCGCAGUUUUGAAAAGUACUUAAGAAAAAAUAUAUAUUUUUAUUUUUUGAUCGAUAUUUUCCUUAUUUUUUUGCAGCGAAAACAAUUGCUGAUUAAGAGUGAAAUAAAUGAAAUAAA